UCCGGAUUGGCUGUCUGCAAUAAUCGGUCUACAGGAGGACCGGAGGGGACACCAGGGGCCACAGGGCAGCAUGUUUACCGCCACCCACUUUAAUAAUUAAUUGUUCAGGUCGAGUAACUCGCUUAAUUCGAUUUUCUGGACACAUAACCUCGCCAGUGGAGGCGCACCAACAAUGUUUUUGUGCCGUGCGGGGAGGCUGCCAGCGUCUGUACUGGAUCAGGCUUACAAACGUCCGGGCUGGUUUGUGGUGCGGGUCAAAGCAAGCGGACCGGGAGAGGUCUCCCUGACAGGCCGGACAGGCCGCAGCUUUCAGCGGCUUCGGUUCCUCAGCGCGUGCGCCGGCGAGCUCCAGCCGAAGCACGCGCACCAACAAGCAGAGCCCGUCCAGAAGUGGGACAGCUCGGCUUGUUUGGUAACAGACUGGGGACUCUUGGAGCGGGUCGCACCCAGAAGCAUUCAGCGAUUUUCUAACUCAAUGCUCAGAGGAGACUCGAAGGCUUUGUUUCCAGGUGACACCAGCAUGCAGACCAGAGCCGCCUCAACCAGCGCAGCGACUAGGAGCCGCGAGGAGCGCGCUGACAGCAGCAAAGCGGAUCUCCAGGAUGCUUCCUCUACCUCAAGCCAAGAAAAAGACCCAGGAAACACACCAGAGCCAGAGGAAGGAAAACCCAACAAGACACAGCAGCUUAAGAAAGUAUUCAAAGAAUAUGGAGCAGUGGGAGUUUCCUUUCAUAUUGGGAUUUCUCUAAUGUCUCUGGGAAUGUUCUACCUCCUUAUAUCAAGUGGAAUCGACAUGGCGGCUAUGCUGUGCAAACUUGGCUUCAGCGAGGAGCUGGUUCAGUCUAAAAUGGCAGCAGGAACCAGCACGUUUGUCCUUGCCUAUGCCAUCCACAAGCUCUUUGCUCCUGUUCGUAUCAGCAUCACUGUGGUGUCAGUACCACUCAUCGUUCGCUACUUGAGAAAGACUGGACUCUUUAAACCGCCUACACCCUCACCUUGAUGACUCUGCUCUUCUCCCUUGCUCUCUCAUGAAACAACAAAAUCCUGACUGGUCAUAAACUCAAAGACUCUGUGUUUAACAUUUUAUGAUCAAUUUCCCUUUUGCCCAGUACGGCAUCUCUUCUGUUUUGCAUUUGUUCAAUUAGUUAACAGAAUGUGUUUGACUGAGGGAAUAAAGUCUUAAUAUUUAUUCAAUCUUAAUAAAAGCAAAACAAACGCCUGGUUAUUUAUGGACAAGGACUUUUAAGUUUUGAGCUCUUUUGUAUCAUUAUGUUAAACUGAGACCUUUUUUGGUCAAGUCUUAGUGGGUUAAAGCUGUGAAGGUUUCCAGUGGAAAUAAAGACCGGAAAAAAAGCUGAUCUCCUUUUCACUUUGCCGCAAUAGCUGACUCGGCUGUAUUCUAGUGUUAUGUGAGUCAGCAGAAUACUCCAGAUUCCCUCUGUUGGACCUUUUACCCUUUUUGUCCUCUCCACACUUUCUCAUAAAAUCUGCUUCAUAAGUUCCGCUUUUUUCCCUUUUUCAAAAAUGUCCCAUUGUGGCUCCUCAUCAAUCCACAUUAGUAACCGCAUUUGACAAUGUUAUUUAUAUUAAUAAAUUACACAUUGAUGAUUUAAACCCAUGCAUAGCAAGUAAAAUCCUCACUGCUUUCAUCUUUGGCCCACACAAAACAGUUAUUUAAUCUUUUCAUUAAUGUCAACAGGAGUUCUUAGCCCAGUUCUGGUCAUCGC